CUCGUGAAAAUCGGUUCGUUCGUCGGGUCGUUCGCCGGUUCGCUUGCUCGCUCGUUUGCGUGCCCGAUACGAUUCGUUGCGCAAUCGGCGGGACCGAUUCGUCGGUAAACGACACUGCCAUUCUCGUGAUUGGCAUCGCGAACGCAUCCCGCGGCUCCUCUCUUUUGGACAGUGGCAUAUUUUUAGAGCGCUCGGACCGACGCUCUUUCGAUUCGGACAUCCCGCGAUCGCCGCGCUUCCGACCAUGUUCUGAGAUGUUUCACGGAGGUUCACGCGCUGUAGCUGUACAUAGUAUCAACCCGACGUGACACGUGGUCACUUUUCAAACGUAUUUAGAACCACGAGAAACGGCGUCCAAAAUUAAACGAAAAGAAAUAUACCCAACGAUCCGAAAAUGGUGAAAAUUUGGAUCACAAUUUGGUGCACCCUUCUGGUGGUCUCCACCGAGGUCCUUGGAAAUCCUAUUCCAAGGGAAGGCGAAGAACUUACUCUUAGAAUUGUUCACACGAACGACAUGCAUUCAAGGUUCGAGCAGACGUCGAAGCUGUCCAGUGUCUGCUCCCAAAAGGAAGCGGAAGCUGGAAAAUGUUACGGAGGUUUCGCCAGGAUAGCCACCCUUAUUCGACAAGCAAGACAAUCGUCGAUUCCGUGUAUCUUCCUGAAUGCUGGGGACACUUACCAAGGUUCUAUGUGGUACAACGUGUACAAAUGGAAAGUAGUUGCCAAAUUCCUGAACCUGUUGGCUCCGAACGCUACGAGUUUAGGUAACCACGAGUUCGACGAUGGCGUGAGCGGCCUGAUACCCUUCGUUCAGAACGCCACGUUCCCAAUAGUGACGGCUAAUCUGGACCUAAGCAAAGAGCUGGAGCUAGCUGCUACAAAUCUAUUGAACAGCACAAUUCUGACCGUGAGUGGACGAAAAAUCGGCGUGAUCGGUUACUUAACGCCAGAGACCAAGAUAAUCUCCAAGUCGGAGGAGGUGAUUUUCCUCGACGAAGUUGAGAGUAUCCGCAGAGAGGCGAAAGAGCUAAAGAAGCAAGGCGUAGACAUUCUGAUCGCUCUGGGACACUCUGGCUUCAAGACGGACAAGAAGAUCGCUAGGGAAGUGGAAGACAUCGAUCUGGUGAUCGGUGGACACACGAACACGUUCCUUUACAAUGGCCAACAGCCGGACGUCGAGGUGCCCGAGGGUCUCUACCCCACGACAGUCGUGCAGAAAAGCGGAAGAAAGGUGCACGUGGUCCAGGCGUACGCCUAUACCAAGUACUUGGGAAACCUGACGGUAACAUUCGACUCCAAGGGCGAGGUGACUAAAAUCAGUGGCAACCCUAUUCUCGUUGAUAGCAGCAUCGAACAGGCAAAAGACAUUUUAGAAGAACUUGAUCAAAUGAGAGGAGCAAUAGACGAGGUAAGUCACAAAGUGAUUGGAAAAACGCGCGUUCUCCUCGAUGGAGACAGCAAAGUCUGUAGGCGCGAAGAAUGCAACCUGGGCAAUCUUAUCACGGAUGCUAUGAUCGAGUAUAAUGCCGGGGAAUACGCAAGAAAAGACAGCUGGACCGACGCUGCCAUAGCUUUUCACAAUGGUGGCAGUAUCAGAGCUUCCAUCACCAGAGACAACAACGACCAAGUUACAUUGGGAGAUAUUCUUAGCGUGCUACCUUUUCAAAAUAUAAUCAUGAAGGUACCGAUGACCGGAGAAGUGAUUUACUCGGUUUUGGAAUGGAGCGUUCACAAUUUGGAGAUUAAUACAACUUCGAAUCUGUAUGGUGCAUUCGUACAGUUUUCUGGGCUUCAGGUGGUCUACGACUUGACUCAACAAAAAAAUUCGAGAGUGGUUUCCGUGCAAGUGCGAUGCGCGUCUUGUAUCAUUCCAGCGUACAGUGAACUUAAAAAGAACGAAACUUAUAAUGUGCUUAUACCUGAUUUUAUGCAAAAUGGUGGCGAUGGAUACGAUAUGCUAAAGGAUCUUAAAUCUCAGUCUUUGGGUUUUACUACAUCAGAUGCAACCGUUGAGUAUUUAAAGAAGCAUAGUCCAGUGCAUCCUGGUGUCGAAUGGAGAAUUAAUUAUAUAAACACAGAAGAAAGUGCUGAAAAUGCGCAUAGUGGUUCCAGUGGCAAAUAUCAAUGUAUCAGAUUGACAAUUUUGUUACCAAUAAUCAGCUGGCUAUUCGUAAGAUAGGGACAACCGCAAGAAGGCAGUUUGAGCAAUCAGAAUUUAGCAGUAUUUACAACUCUAUAAUUUAUACGAGAGGUUUUCUAUGCACGUUCUACUCACUUCUCUACCUCAAAUUAUAUAAUUUAAUUAUAGGGCGAGCAUCUAUUACAAAUACCACUUGAAACGUGGAUGAUUGAUGGAAAUAGUUUAGACUUUUAAUAACUAGUAAUUAAAAUCAAGGAUACAGAGGUAAUACGUUUGUAUCAUUUUAUUAUAAUUUCUGAUCGAAUACAUCGUUUUUAUUCUCCGAUCUUUGUCCGUACUUAAGACAUGUAGAUAUACACGCAAUUGUAUGUACAAGUAUUUAUAUAUGUAGAUAUAAUCUGUAGAUAUAUCGAUAUCCGUUGUCACACUGAAGUUAACAUUAUAAAAAAAAAAAAAAAAAAAAAUAA